AUGAAAUUCUCAAUUGCUGCCGUUCUGACUGCCCUUGUGGCCCCCGUGGCUGCCGAAAUUUACCUCAAGGAAGACUUCAAUGAUGAUGGCUGGAGUAAGAGGUGGACUGUUCCCAGCAAGUGGAAGGGAAAGAGCGAGAUGGGAGAUUGGAAGCACACUGCCGGCGAGUGGUAUGGCAGUGAAGAGGAUAAGGGAAUUCAAACAUCCAAGGAUGCCCGAUUUUAUGGAAUUUCUGCUCCCAUGGCCAAGACUUUUACCAGUGAUGGGAAUACUCUAGUUAUCCAAUACACAGUCAAGCACGAACAGGACUUGGACUGUGGCGGUGCCUACAUUAAAUUGCUUCCUGGCGGAGACAAGUUUGAUGCUGACAACUUUGGUGGGGACACACCAUAUGCCGUCAUGUUUGGUCCUGAUGUCUGUGGAAGCUCCAACAAGAAAACCCACGUUAUUCUUCACUAUGAACCCAAGGAAGACAAUGUUUUGAUCAAGAAGGAAGUCCCCACUGAAACUGACGAUUUGACCCAUUUGUACACCUUCAUUUUGAAGUCGGAUAACACCUUUGAGGUUCGCGUGGACAACAAGUCUGUGCGGGAAGGAAAAUUGCAGGAUGAAUUUGAUCUCCUCCCACCCGAGGAAAUCAAGGAUCCUGAUGCCAAGAAGCCCGAUGACUGGGUGGAUGAGGCCAAAAUCGCUGAUCCCGCGGACGUCAAGCCAGAAGGCUACGACGAUAUUGCCGAGGAAAUUCCCGAUCCUGAUGCAACAAAGCCUGAUGAUUGGGACGAUGAAGACGACGGCGAGUGGGAACCACCAAUGAUCGACAACCCAGAUUACAAGGGACCAUGGAAGCCAAACAUGAUUGACAACCCUGACUACAAAGGAAAGUGGGUACACCCCAAGAUUCCCAACCCUGACUACAAACAUGAUGACGAUAUGUACAAGGUCUGUAAGGACGGAUGUACUCAUGUAGGAUUCGAAUUGUGGCAAGUCAAGACUGGUACGCUGUUUGAUGAUAUCAUCGUCACUGACAGCAUUGAGGAAGCCGAGGAGUACGCAAAAGAAACGUUCUUCAAGAAGAAGGACGCAGAGAAGGAAAUGUAUGAUGCGGCACAGGAAGCCAAGCGAGCGGCAGAAGGAGGUGAUGAUGAUGAGGACGAAGAGGACUUUGGAAUGGGUGAUGAGUUUUAA